AUGCCAUUCUUAUUCAAUGAGGAAGAAAUCGAUCGACUUGCUGUCGAAUGGCGUGCUUAUGAAAUGGCGGAUAUUUUAGAAGAAUGGAUCGAAGACAAGACUGAUAAUGACAAUCAAAGUGAAUCGACUGUUUAUCAUCCAAUCGACAUAUAUUGGCGUCAUAUUUUCUCAAUUAAAACAUCAACUGGAACUUCACAGUUCGUCGUUCUUACCAAACUCGUUAAAUGUCUCUUAUCUCUCUCUCAUGGCAAUGCUGAAGUUGAGAGAGGCUUCAGCGAAAAUCAACAUCUCGUCUCUGAUGAACGAACGUCUCUCAGCGAACAAUCCAUCAAUGGUUUAAGAGCAACUUCAGCAGGUAUCAAAUUCUUUGCUGAUGGAAAACCUCAUCAAGUUUCAAUCACACCAAGUCUACUGGAUAGCGUAAAAAAUGCUUAUUCUCGGUAUCGAACUGAUCAAGAGCGUCAACAACAACUUCAAAAAGAGAAGGAAAUUGCUGAUUAUGCAGCUAAAUCCGCGAAAAACAAAGACGAACUUUUGGUCGAAAAGGAACUCGAUCUACUUGAAAAACAAAAACUGCUACAAGGUGAACUCAACAAUGCAACACGUUUACUCGAAGAAGGUGAUCAACGACUCAAGGCAGCAAUCGAUGCAAAGAACUUUUAUGAAAUUGAAACAGCUGGAAUAUUAAUAGACAGCAGUAAGAAGAAACUUAUGGCUAUUAAUACCGAAAUUGUACAAAAUAAUGAUGCACUUAAUCAAUUACGAAAGAAAUUUAAAAAAUAA